UGAUAGUAAUUGUAAAUAUAGUAAUGAGUAUAAAAAUAGACAUAGUAGUGAGUAUAAAGAUGAUAAUAUGAGUGAAUAUAGUAAAAAAGAUGAGCAUAGUAAUGAGUGCAAAUAUGAUAAUGAAUGCAAAUAUAACAAUAAGUACAUACGUGAUAAUGAAUACAAACAUAGUAAUAAGUAUAAACAUGAUAAUAGGAAUGAGUAUUAUGAUUAUAAGCCUAAAUCAAAUCUUUUUAAAAAUUUGGAUAAUAAUGAUAGAAUUCAAAUGAUCUUUAAUAGUUAG